AUGGAUUCCAGGCUUAUGAAAGCGGUUCAAUACAGCAAAUAUGGAGGAGGGACUGAAGCUCUUAAGCUUGUGCAUAUUCCAAUCCCUACUCCAAAGAAAGGUGAACUGUUGGUGAAGUUGGAGGCAGCUAGUUUGAAUCCAUUUGAUUGCAAAUGUCAACAAGGCAAAUUUCGUCCAAUUUAUCCUAGUGGAUUACCUUGUACUCCAGCGACAGACAUAGCUGGGGAGAUUGUUGAAAUUGGACCCGAUGUGAAGAACUUUAAAGCAAGUGAUAAGAUAGUCAGCUUUCUCAGAAUGAAGAAUGGAGGGGACCUUGCAGAAUAUGCUCUGGUUCUUGCAAACAUGACCGUAAAGAGGCCCAUAGAGGUUUCUGCUGAAGAUGGUGCGAGCUUGCCUAUGACUGCACUUACAGCACUGCAGGCGAUUCGUGAUUCUGCAGGCAUUAAGCUUGAUGGUAGUGGUAAAGAAAUCAAUGUACUUGUCACCGCUGCUUCUGGAGGGGUUGGGCAUUAUGCUGUUCAGAUUGCAAAGCUUGGAGGAGCACAUGUUACUGCCACUUGUGGUGCCCGCAAUAUGAACUUGGUUAUGGGGUUGGGAGCUGAUGAAGUGUUGGACUAUAAAACUGUUCAAGGUGCAGCCUUGAAGAGUCCCUCGGGGCGCAAAUACGAUGUCGUGAUUCAUUGUGCUAACAAUAUACCAUGGUCAACAUUUAAACCUAAUCUAAGCCCCUCUUCUAAGGUGAUUGGUCUAACCCCAAAUCUAACAUCAUUAUCAAUAAGUUUCGUACAUAAAGUGACUCUAGCCAAGCAGCAACUUGUGCCAUAUUUUAUUGCAAGCAUCCAAGAGGACCUUUCGCUACUGGUUGAUUUAGCCAAGGAGGGUAAAUUAGAAACUCACAUUGACUCAAAGCAUCCUCUCGAAAAGGUAGAGGAUGCAUGGACAAAGAUGUCUGAGAGGCAUGCCACAGGAAAAAUUGUGGUCACAUUCUGCAACUAAGAUUUAGAUAUGGGAGAAUCAGCGUGUGUUUCAAUAGCAAAAUGAUCAGAUUGAUUGGGACAAAGCAAUGGUAGAUUCUAUCUCCAAUUUUGUUAUAUAAAAGUGUACUUCUUG